AAUCGACGUACCAGCACAAAUGAAAUUCUGCCUGUCUGUCUGCACUGUCUAGAUACGUGUUGCAAAAUUCAUAGGACAUUGUUUUCUAAAUAUCGAAUUUGUUUCGUAUCCAAAGACAAGAGUACACAUAUUUAUUAAUGUUUAAGCUUGCGCUUUAGGCCAAGCUAUGUCCGGCUGGUUUCAUUAGUGAAAGAACACUCCCGCACUGAGUAUUUAUUUGUUGAAUCUUGUUUUCGAGGAGAUAUGCGUCAGCAACUAGCCGAUUUUAUAAUAAAUUACUACCGUUGUUAUGUAGGUGCUUGUAAUAAUGAACAGUACCAUAACCCCUCUACAUGCUAGUAACUAAAUGAGUACUCCAGCCUAGCUCACCGUGCGAAUAAAUCAUGUAUGGUUUCUAUAUUACAGUUGCAGCGCAUGCCUGUCUAUGCAAGGACACCUAUUUUACUGCUGUUGUGUCAGUAAGUCUUAUAUUUAUACAACCAUACUACCAACUGAACCUAGAAGAUAUACAAGUAUAUUGGGCCGUAGACCCAGCAGCUUGGGCUUUCGAACUUUCAAUGCAUGUAGUAUCUCCAAGAGUUAUUUCAUUUACACUUCAUACAUAUAUUAUAUGAACAGACAGCCUGUUUCACUGAAUAAAUUUUACGGUACCUUCGAUGCUCUACUAGCCGUUCAUAGUUUAUUCGAUUUCAAAUUUAGCCUGUUAUUUGUUUGUGUUUUUAAGCCCUUACAUACGUAUUGUUAUCGUAGCGGUAUAGUGAAAGUAACGCUCCUUGAUUACCACAUUAGGAGACGUGCAUUAGCCGAGCAAUGUAAUAUUUAUUAGUAAAUGUAUUGGUACAGCUAUGGCUAUGAGCCGAUGUGCGAGAUAUCGCCUAAUGGGCUCGUUUCGUACGCCAGCAACGUUGCUAUAGGGCCCUUAGAAAUGCAAAAGUUCCGUCUAAUAUUUCGUACUUUCUUUCGCAUGGCAUCCCAAAUGAUCACGGACCAUGAUAUAUUUCUCUCAUAUCCCCAUCAUCAGACGGGCAGCUGACUUCCUCUGCUCUAAGAGACUCGCCCAGCGUCAGCAGGCGGCAUUGUUUUACGAUCCCCGACUUUAAUCCCCCCUCAUAGAAUAGAAUAAGCUAGACAAGCGUUAUCGUGAACUAGCAAAUUGAGUGACACUAAUAAUACAUUCUCUAUCGUCGACUAUAAUGACUCCAUCCCCAUCACCCGCAUCCCGGCAAAUCUACAACCUUCUCUUCCUUCAUCUUUCGACCUCCACUCGUUUGCUCUCUAGGGACUUCGUUGGUAUAGUCCAGCAGCCAGCAGCAUUCGACUGAACAGUGUGUACCGUAAAGCUAUCGGCAGCAGCGGUGACACUGUUGCCAUUCGUCAUCAGCCGAGUACUGUUAUUUCCUAGCAUGCUCACAAAAUAUCUGACCCGUGUUUUUCUUUACUGAUUUGUUUUCCACUUGUUAACUGCUUAACGACUGCUCAGAAUGGUAACAACCCACUAACAGUGGAGCUCUUUAAAACUUUUCUCUUCUUGCCUUGCCUCCAUUUAGCGGUUCAGCUACGGUAACCAGGGAGCAGUAGAGGUAAUUAGCAACGAAAUUGAGGCCUGGAAACAAUUUAAUGCCGAUUCGCGCCACAGUUACGUUCGGACUCUCCGAAAAGAAAGCCAGAUUGCGCAGCAACGGCCUUUAGUCGGUGAUAUUAGUUGUUUCGGCUUUCUCGUCGUCGAAUUCCCCUUCCCUCGAACAGAUCCGCCUACUUUUUGCCGUCCUUUCCUCUACGGACUCUCUCGAAUAGGUAAGGGUUUGCGUGUUCAUGUCGCGGCACCGGCAGCGGUGAGGCACGGCGUCCGCAUGCUCCACGCUCGAUUCCUUUGCUUGGUAGAUUUUUUCAGUCUUAACGGCAGUUUACCGGCAGGGAGGCAGGCAAGCAAUCAACCAUAUCCCAAAGUCUACACAACGCGUCGAUUUUGGCGCUGAUCACCCCCAUCGUCAUCGCGGAGCGUUUCAAUCCGCGGUCGCCUUCUGCCCUAUUUUUCAAGCUGUUGUCGUUGCUACCAGCUUUCACGUCGGUGGGAACGGUCUGCUUCCAGCUCCUAUCCGUAUCAUACCUAUUUCGUUACAAUUACAUUGUUGCCAAUUGAGAUAAAUUUAUCUACUGGGCAGCAGUUAUGCAUUCCCACUGAGAUUGUCAUCAAUAUCAACUUAGCAAAUUUGAACGGCCGUCAUAAUUGCAGUGGGGUCCGACACGACGGCGUGUACACUUCGAAACGGACGUGCGUGCAGCUGCAACGCGACAGUUACCAACAAUUAAUCAUUAUUAAUCCAGCACGUUGUCGUCCUGUCAGUGAUUCUCCUUUGUCUUUCUUUGUUUUGUUCUACUAUCAAUGCUUCAUAGCGCCUGCGUCAAACGAAGCGAACGUCUUCAGAUGAGGUUAGCAAGUGAGAGCGCACAUAAGCAAGUGUAUAACAAGUCAAUGCGCAUAACGCUUUAAUGGUUAUCCGCUGGUGGCAAGCCUCGCUAUGUGUGUAUCUCUUGUGAGGAUUAAUUUCGUCGAAUAGCAACAUCAGUCCUGUGCCUACGUGAAGUCCAAAGUGUAUGCGUUGCUCUGACAGGAAUAACUGACUGAUCAACAUAAGUGAACGCCCGUGUAAUAAUUGUUGUCUAUCAUUGGGUCCGAUCGUCAAGACCGUCUCGUUUUCGGAGAAACCGGUCUGCAUAACCAUUCGAUGGACUGGAGCUGUCGCAGCCUGAACGGAGGAAACGCGACUUUCCCCGUACCCCUCACACAACGAGAGAAAGAUGUCGCGGCGCUAAUCGUCGCCACGGAGGCCUUCCUUGCGUUCUUCGGCAACCUGUUAGUGCUGGCCAUUACGACGGUGGAUUCUAAAGUUCGGCAGCAUAAAGCCAUGUCAAUACUUGUGUCUUCACUCGCCAUCAACGAUAUAAUCACAGCGGUCCUCGUGAUGGCUCCCUCUGCGUACUCGCUCAGCCAUCCUAAUGGCUUUCCAUUAUGCCAGCCACAAGUAUGUUCAGUGCACGGUGUCUUUAACUAUUGGAUGGCGACAACGUCGUCGAUAACGCUGGCUAUGAUUUCUAUCGACAGGAACAUCUCUAUUCAGAAGCCGCUACUCUAUGCCGCGCAGCUAUACUCGUCACGAAAGCGCGUCAUUAAAAUGGUGCUACUACCUUGGACGCUAGGAAUCAUUUACUCGUUAGUUCCGUUUAGUCUUCAGUGGAUGACCUAUCAGCUAGACAACAUCGCCUGCGACGUCAACUGGAACCCAGAGCCGGCGUACCGCAUCUACUAUGUGGCGCUAUUUUCGCUCUGCUUUUUUCUGCCGGCGCUGCUAAUUCUGAUACAAUAUUCCCGCAUCAUCUACUCGAUUCAUAUGUUGAAGAUGCGGACACCAUCGCAGGAUGGCAACUACCGGAGUAACUCGACUAACGGCAUGGUCAAAUCACCGUCAGGUAUCAGCCUGAAGUUGUUAGGCCGUCGACCGACGACCGAAAGCGAGGACAAUUCGACAAAACUCGUCCUCUCUGUUCUCACGCUCAUCGUUGUGUUUUUUGUCUGCAUCACGCCGUUUUGUGUCACGAAACUUAUUAAGGUGGUGGCCGGACCACAUAAAGUGCCCAACUGGGGUGAUAUGCUUUCGACUAUCAUCCAGUUUAGCGCUUCUGUCAUCAACCCCGUUGUGUACUCGCUCGGCCUCAAACACUUCCAGAAAGCACUGAUGCGGCAGGGACGUAACCUCAAGAAUAAAUGUUCGAUGUAUUUCUAUCCCUGGUGCGAAAUCUUCUAACCGUAGUAGCCCAAUCAGUAUCAGUAAAAUCGCACCGUUACCGCCGCUGCGAACGCCACUUUACCAGCUACUAUUAAUUACUACUACUGCUGCUGCUACCAGCACAACGAAACCCUACAUUAAUCGCGUAAUGAUUCAAACUUAGAGGUGUCGGAACAAACAAAGCAAUAAGAACUGAUAAGGGCAAAAUGUCGCCACUCAGCGUAUCGACAGACACAGUUGACCAGUGCAAACAUCGCAUAGCAUGAGCAGCAUAUAGAAACAACUUUACGGUCAUAACGAGUAUGACCACCAUAAAUCUAUAAGUAGUAUCAUACAGAUAUCCUAGAUAGUUGUACCCGGUCGUUUUUUGACGAUCGCUAAUGUAUUGUGUCAGUCUAUGUCCAAUGCGAUACAGUCGUAGAACUAACAAAACAAAGGCCGAAUGAUGUGAGUGCAGAAAAUCCACAGCGAUAAAAGGUCUUGGCCAAGGUCAGGGCUAAAUUAGGACAAAUCUGUCCUACAUUUGUCCAUAAGUGAUGCCAGCACUACCAAACACAAAGAACUGGUGCUGAUUUUUUGUAUAUACAACAUGUAAAUAAAAAUCAAACUGUUUGUGCCAACACCGUUACCCGCCCAAUGAAUAUACUCGAUAUUGUUAAACGGGAGUAACCCAGAUUUUCAUGGAACCCGCGACCAACGCCCGUUCUAUAUAAACGUGCAUCUGUCGAUGUCAAACUCGCCGCAGCGCUGACGUGGGCUUGAAGCGACGGGUAGAUCUCAAGCUGGCGAAUGAUUGAAACGACAAGAGGCCGCGCUAGGCCUAGUAAAGUAAGGCUAGAGAGCCAAUGACAUGUCAAAGGGCAUCCUUCACUCUUCGUUUAAAGCCCGAGGUAACAUCGAACAAAUGCCUCGUUCCUCGAUAGCUGAGUGAACAGAUCAUGCAAUGCUGAACUAUCACAAACCAAAAAGAAAGAAGAUACUAAAAUACAAAGCAGGCGGCGAACGUGUGCGCGGCAAUGGGCUAUUGGGUUGAUGAUGGCGGAAAAAAAUCGGGCGAAGGUAAGACGUAAGAAUCGAAAACAUAAUUAGCUAUUUACGUAAUGGGUGAUGACAUGAUUGUUGAAAUUAAAUACUAGAGCAGAAAUGUGUUAUUUAAACCUUUCUGAACUUUGAAAUGCGUGAAAGUGUCGAAGUUUACUCAAAAGGCGAACCUUAUAAAAUCACUGUGAAAAAAUAUAGGGCUUCUGCUGCACUGAUCGCUAUUUGAUGUUCUAUCUCAAACACAAAAAUACAUAAUCUGAUGACGUUUUCUGUCAGAUCCGCUAAUUACGUAAGCAUUUAGUGAUUUAUCUCUGCCACAUAUUCGUCAUAUAUGGAUCCAUUAUACUGCACAGGCCCUCUAUAAUAAGAAUCUAAAGCUACAGUAAAGAGCAAGUGAUUAAACAAAGAACAGCCGGGAGGUUCCGGCAUGAAUUAAAUCGCGAUCAAUAACGAAUUUUUCAUGUUCCUUUCUUGAUCGUAAAAAUAAUAAGGAUAGCUACAAAUAAAAAUUAAAUAGGCAAAUCAUUGAAUGAUUUUUAACUGUAUAUUGUAGCAGCAUACUAAAUCUGGAUACCCUGUUAAUAACUUGGCGCAAAAAACGUUUGAUUUUAAAGUAACAUCCAUUCGAUUACUAAUGUGAAUUUUUGGGUUAAGAUAUUUGGUAGCAUACAAUAUUCCAAUAGAAAUUGACAACUAAAUAAAUUGGAGAG